GGCGUGCCGGCCAGGAGGGGAGGCGGGACCUAUAAAGCGCUCUCCAUUCGGGAGGCGGAGCGGCCGGGUGCAGCCUGUGCUGGUGGGCGCGGUGGCCCGCAGCCAUCCGCUAGCUGCAGGACUGUGCAGGAGACCACUGUCCAAGCUUCGGACUACUGAGGGGCUCCUGCCUCGGUUUACCCUUCAGCGUCUGGUGAAAUCCGGCAGCGCCUAGGGAAAGAUCCGUUCUGCUCCGCGAGGAAAACAGAGCCGUUGACCAUGGUUGCAACGGGCAGUUUGAGCAGUAAGAACCCGGCCAGCAUUUCAGAGUUACUGGACGGUGGUUAUCACCCUGGGAGUCUGCUAAGUGAUUUCGACUACUGGGAUUAUGUUGUCCCUGAACCCAACCUCAAUGAGGUGGUAUUUGAAGAGACAACGUGCCAGAAUUUGGUUAAAAUGCUGGAGAACUGUCUGUCUAAGUCAAAGCAAACCAAACUUGGUUGCUCUAAGGUCUUGGUCCCUGAGAAACUGACCCAGAGAAUUGCUCAAGAUGUCCUGCGGCUCUCAUCCACGGAGCCCUGCGGCCUCCGGGGUUGUGUUAUGCAUGUGAACUUGGAAAUUGAAAAUGUAUGUAAAAAGCUGGAUAGGAUUGUGUGCGAUGCUAGCGUGGUGCCGACCUUUGAGCUCACGCUUGUGUUUAAGCAGGAGAAUUGCCCGUGGACCAGCCUCAGGGACUUCUUCUUCAGCAGAGGUCGCUUCUCGUCGGGCCUCAGACGAACCCUGAUCCUCAGCUCAGGAUUUCGACUUGUGAAGAAGAAACUGUACUCUCUGAUUGGAACGACAGUCAUUGAAGAGUGCUAAGAAGGAAAAACAAUGAAAGGCCCCGAAUGAGUGGAUAAUAAACCUCUGAAGCUAUCCAGCCAGUCGUUUGUAGUUUGCCUGCUUGUCCUCACCAAGAAAUCCCAGAUUUAGGUCAUUUCCUGUCUGUGUGUGUCACCCACAGCAACCUGUUUUAACGGCUGAUUUUUUUUUCCAGCUUUUAAGACGUAAUCCAAGAGAGCAAAUUGCCCACAUAUAUGUCCAUAUGGGAUAGAAUUGAAUAAGGAGGAAAAAGAAGAUAUCUCCUCUAAUUUUAUAUUUGGUUUCAUAUUUAGCAGGUAGUCUUAGCAACAGAGGAAGAUCCAGUUUGCCUAAUUUGACUUUCAUGUGCCCAGGGCUUGUUGUUAUUGUGCCCACCUCUCUCUCUCUAUCUCUCUCUCUCCCUCCCUCUCUUCCCCCUCCCUCUCUUAGAGUCAUCUUCUCAAUGGCAGGACCUUCCUAGAUAGUUUCCAGUCCAUCGAAACAUGUAGAGAUCAGCACCACCUGCUUCCCACCUGAAUUUGAAGAGCUUUUACACAAGGGGCGGGUACAGUUAAAGUGAUAAGCUUGCCUGAAGCCUUACAUAGAGUGAAUAAACAUAAAAGCAUGGCCUCCCUGCCUGGUGUCCUCCCCACACCCGUGCCCAAGAGACAAAAGAAGCAUGCAUCUUACUGGAAUGAUUACAUGAUUGCUUUCAGUGCCUUUGUAGUAGUAUGUCAACUUGGCUUUCCUAGUUAUCAACUGUUGAAUGUUGUCAUUUUUUAUAUUGUCUUUAGUUAGAAAAAAAAAAAGAUGACUGGCUUUUGCACAUAGUUGAUUUGACUGAGCAAAUAUUGAUUACCCAUCUCUAAAGACAGAGAAGGGUAAUCUCAGAUCCCAUCCCUCUCAGAUCCACUUAGUGGCUGCUUUAUGCCACGCAGAUGCUUCCUCCGCCGUGAAGGUCUCACCACAUGGAAGUUAGCUCAUCUCCAGUCUUUUCUAGGAACUGGAUCACCUUUCCUUAGCUUCACACUUCUUUUUAGUUACCAAUGUGCUUAUAUUCACAGAGCCUGAUUUGACUCUGAGAUGUUGUUGCUACUACAGACUAGAUAUGAACGCCCUAUAACAACUUAAGACGAUCACUGCACAUCUCCAGCUCCAUCCACCAUAUUACACACCCAUGCCUAGGGAAACAGUAAGUGCCUUGUUUGCUUAGCUUUUGCCUUAUUCCCAGUAACUAGAUGAUUCUCUGUUGUUAUGGCCAUGAGACAAUUUACCUUCCGUAACUCUGCUCUACUCAGCAAAGUCUUUUCUUCCUUGGGUCAUGGAAGGUCCCAUAUUCAGGUCUCCUGCCUGGGCCUUCAGUAUGAGUUUGUAUACCUUGGACACCAACAUGGCUGGGAUAGAUGUCUUCAUCCUGACCUUACACAAACCAGCCUGAGAGAGUUACUGGUCCUGCAGGUGACCUAAGACUUCACUGUUCCAGUGAGCAGGUGUUCUAACAAAUUGUUCUCCAUGGAUGUUUGGGAAGGUACCACAGAGCCAGUCUUCACAAGACUGGGCCAAUAGGCAAAUCUCUGUUGAUCUGUAGGCUUGCAGAUGCUCAAGGCUCUGAAGGUCACUGUGUUUCUGUAGCUGUCUGGAGUCAUGCUGGGAAGGAUGUUGAGGCUUCUCAGGCAUGGACAGAGAUCUUUUACCCAUUAGUAGUUCUCUGGUUCUCCUGCCUAUUUGACUCACAAAAUAGUAAUGGCUUAAGGAGGCUCUUGCAAUGACAGUCCUGUUAAAGUCGAUUUUUUUUAUAAUAAAACAUUAUACAUUUUUAAUUCCCUUGACCUCUUUGUUUUCUUCUGCAUUUGUGUCAUGAUCAUCCAAGAAGAGACUUGACAGUAUUUGGAAAAAGAUAAUGAAUUACUUAUUUUGAAUACUUACACAUCAAUAAAGAAUGCAUCUUUCUCAUAA